UGUUAAGGGCGCUGCAAGCAACAACCCCUCUGCUGAGCCGUUCUUUCUGGUCACAUGUACCAAUGGGACCUCCAGAUCCUAUUAUCGGUGUAACAGAAGCAUUCAACAGAGACACUAACCCUAAUAAGAUGAACGUUGGGGUCGGAGCUUACAGAGACGAUUCCGGAAAGCCGUUCGUUUUACCAUCAGUACGGGCUGCAGAAGAGAAGUUACUUUCCCAGAACCUAAACCACGAGUACCUGCCUACACAUGGGUGCCCUCACUUCAGGCAAGCUGCCAAGAUCCUGGCUUUUGGGGAGGACAGUGUUGCUGUUAAGGAGAACCUCGUUGCUUCCGCUCAGUCGAUUUCAGGUACGGGUGGUCUUAGAAUUGGAGGUAUGUUUCUGAAAAAGUUCCAUAGCUCCAAGCAGCUUUACCUUCCAUCACCUAGCUGGGGGAACCACACACCUAUAUUCAAGGAAAGUGGACUGGAAAUCAAAUCAUACUCAUACUACAAAAAAGACACGAAAUCUCUCGACUUGGAGAACAUGUUAGCUGACAUAGGUAAAAUAGAGGAGGGAGCCACGAUACUACUUCAUGCGUGCGCGCACAACCCAACUGGAGUAGAUCCAACCCCCGAGCAGUGGGACCAAAUAUCUCAGGCUAUAAAAAAGAGGAAUCUACUGGUAUUUAUUGACAUGGCGUACCAAGGCUUCGCCAGUGGCUCUGUUGAAAAAGACGCCUACGCAGUCCGCAAAUUCAUUGCUGAUGGGCACAGAAUCCUUCUGUCUCAGUCCUUCGCGAAGAACAUGGGCGUGUAUGGCCAGCGAUGUGGUGCAUUCUCUAUUGUUGCUGAAGACGCUGAGUCCGCUGCAGCUAUUGAAUCCCAGCUGAAGAUAAUAAUCCGCCCUCUCUACUCCUCACCUGCUCUGACGGCUGCUCGGCUGGUAACCACCGUCCUUACAGACCAGCAACUCCACAAACAAUGGCUUAUAGAUGUAAAAGGGAUGGCGGACAGGAUAAUAUCCAUGAGAUCAGCGCUGAAAGCGGGGCUAGCCCGGGAGGGAUCAGUCCACAACUGGGACCAUCUCACCAACCAGAUUGGGAUGUUCUGUUUCACGGGCAUGAAUCCUGAGCAGGUAGAGCGGCUUACCAGGGAGUUUAGUGUGUAUCUGACGAAAGAUGGGCGUAUUUCUGUUGCUGGCGUUAGUUCAAAGAAUGUGGAUUAUUUGGCUAAGGGCAUGCAUGAAGUAACCAAAUAACUGAAUAACUGUGUACGGAGUUCAGAGGGUUUGGAGCUCAUAGUUAGGACAAAUUCUAUUAUUCUAGGAAAUUUAGAAGAAAAAUAGUGGUCAAUCUUCUAUAUACCAUUUUAGGCUCACUAUGUACACAAUCUUCAUGAACAGUUACCUGCUGACCAGUUUAAAUCUGCUAUUCAUUAUUUUUGACGUGGUUUCCAAAGCUUUAUUCGAUGGGUUUAACUAUUUUAAGGAAACGUUUUAUCGAUGCUGGGCAUCUAAUAUUUAGUAACUUAAUCAAGUUUAAAGUAGAAGUUUUACUGUCGUGUUUUUAAACCGAAAGUAUUUAUAGUUUAGCAUGGUGAAACGUAAAUUAUUAUAUUAACAUCUUCAUAGUUCAUACAUUAUCAUUUAUCAUUAAGUGUAAACAAGGAUUCAUUUCCAAUAAUCAUUUUACGAUCAUGACAAAAACUUUGACAAUGCAGGACAGCAAGAUACUAUGUCAUCAAAGUUGUUGAGUGCCAAUGGAUCUACCAAAAUAGGUUUUUCAGUAGACCAAACAGAUAGUUGUUACUGUAGAUAGGUUCCGACAACAGGAGUGCUGCGGCCCGCCCGCUCACCUAGUCACUUGUUAGACUCCGCCACAGCCAAGCGACUAAUAGUGAGGGGUUAAGGUACCAUACGGGAAUAACUCUCUCCAAGGAUUAAACCACCGAGAACAGGUCAUAGCCAACUCAUUAAUAAAACACAAGGUUAUAUUUGAAAUCCAUAAAAGCAUCAAGGAUGUCACUCCCAGAUCUUGACCACCAGUUGGAGGAUGAAGCGUAGCAUGAGGCGUCACUGAAUUUCCGCAAGGGAUCAAACAAUGGAUCAAACAUUUACGAUCAAAUUGUAUUAUAGCGCUCGAUUGGAAUUGAUUU